AUGGGUUCUACCAGCAAAUUCGAGCCUCGCAUGACCGCCCUCCCCCCAUUCUCAGUCCCUGUUGCAAAUUCCCCGUCGAUAGAAGGAGAGACUGUUCCCCGCCGUAACGUCGACUACAAGGACCAGCUCCUAACCCGGCCGGAAGAAGGCAUCAACACCGUUUUCGACCUCGUUGGACGUGCAGCGAAGAAAUUCGGUGACGACAGAUGUAUGGGUUGGCGCGAUUUGGUCAAGGUACACACGGAGACCACCAAAGUUAAGAAGAUUGUCGAUGGCGUUGAGACAGAGGUGCCGAAGGAAUGGACGUAUUUUGAGUUGACGGGAUACAAAUGGAUUUCAUUCAAGCAAUAUGAGGAGAUGGUUCUCCAAGUUGGAUCCGGAUUGAGACAUCUCGGUUUGGUUAAGGAUGAUCGUGUCCAUUUAUAUGCUGCAACGAGUGCACGAUGGCUCGCCACAAUGCACGGCUCUGCUUCACAGUCAAUGCCUAUUGUAACCGCAUACGAGACACUCGGAGAGGAGGGUUUGCGAGCAUCUAUCCUGGCGACCCGGGCAAGAGCAAUAUUCACAGAUGUUCGUCUUCUGGAAACUCUCGGGAACUGUCUUGAGGGUGCGAGCAUCGAGUUUGUCAUAUACAACGACGACCGCGCGACGGACACCAAGGAGAUUGACGCUUUCAAAACUUCUUACCCUUCACUUCGCGUUCUCAGCUUCAACGAACUCCUAGAACUCGGCCAGGAACAAUCUUUCGAACCCGUACCUCCACAUCCAGAAGACCUCUGCUGUAUAAUGUACACGUCGGGAACAACAGGAACACCCAAAGGAGUAAGACUUCGACACAGAAAUCUCAUUGCCGGAGUUGCCGGUGCAGAUUCGAUAGUUGGUAAACAUCUAGGCCAUCAGGAUACAGUUAUUGCAUACCUCCCACUUGCUCACAUUUUCGAGCUGGUGUUUGAAAAUGUCGUUUUACUCUGGGGCGCUGUCCUUGGAUUCGGCCAUCCGCGCUCUUUAUCUGAUACAGCCGUUAGAAACUGUGCAGGAGAUAUCCGUGAACUUCGACCGACUCUUAUGGUCGGCGUGCCCACCGUAUGGGAGGCUAUUAUGAAAGGAGUUACCAAAAAGGUCGCGGAGGGCUCUAUCAUUACGCGAUCAGGGAUUCUUGAUGCUAUCGUUUUCAGUAAAGUAGCUCAAGCGACUGGUGGCAGAUUACGACUAUGUAUGAGUGGUGCUGGGCCAAUCGGUAGGACAACGCAAAAGUUUAUAUCCAUGGUCAUCUGUCCGAUGAUUAUUGGGUAUGGCAUGACCGAAACAUCUGCGAUGGCAGGUGUUACGGAACCAACUCGCUGGACACUGGACGCGAUUGGUGACAUACCCGGUACCAUAGAAAUGAAGCUCGUCGAUUUCAAAGAGGGAGGUUACCUAACAUCAAAUAACCCGCCACAGGGAGAAAUCUGGAUUCGAGGUGCCAGUGUCAUGGAAGGAUACUACGAAAAUCCUGAGGAAACAGCCCAAACCCUGACGAAAGACGGGUGGUACAAUACCGGUGACAUAGGAGAGUUUGAUAAGAACGGGCAUAUCCGUGUGAUCGAUCGAAAGAAAAGUUUGGUGAAGACCAUGAACGGAGAGUACAUUGCCUUGGAGAAGUUGGAAUCUAUUUACCGCACAUCACCAUCGGUAGUCAAUCUCUGUGUCUAUGCUGCUGCAGAUAAGGCAAGACCCAUGGUUAUUGCUGUUCCAUCUGAUCAGGCACUUUCCGACUCUAAAGGAAAUGACAACACUCUGCGAAGGAGCAUUCUUACGGAUCUCCAGGCUCUCGGCCGCAAGCAUGGUCUAGCUAGCUUUGAGAUUGUGGAGGCCGUGGUUAUAUCUCAUGAGCCUUGGACGCCUGAAAACGGCAUGACAACCGCAGCACAGAAAAUUAGCCGACGAAAAAUCGAGGACACUUUUAAGAAAGACAUUGAUGCUGCAUACGCCAAAAUCCCGAAAUGA